CGUAAAUGUGUACAACUAGUCGAAACGGUCGUUCUUUAUUUUAGUGAAAUAUAUUUGUUUAGGAUUAACAAUUAUUCGUGAAAAUGAACAUCAUCAUCAGGAAUUUCACUAAUUUAGCUAAAAUAUGCUUGGAAAGAAGUGUCGAAGGUGGCUCUUUAGCAUUGAGUAAAUAUAAUCCAAUAAAUAACACAGGAAGCAUAUUGGCAACUGCAAGAAAAUACUUGGAAAAUUCAGUACAAGGUCUGCAGCAAAUGCGCCUCGGAUCAACUCUGCUUCAGAUGCACAUAAGAGGGCCUCAUAUAAAAAAGAGGAAGAAGAAGAACCCGUUGGAUGGGCAGCCGUUCGCCAAAGGCGUGGUACUCAAAACCCUCAUCAAGAAACCGAAGAAGCCCAAUUCGGCGAACAGAAAGUGCGUUCUCGUCAGGCUAUCCACUGGCAAAGAGAUGAUCGCUUAUGUUCCCGGUGUCGGGCACAACUUGCAAGAGCAUAACAUAGUUCUCGUUAGGCCUGGCAGGUGUAAAGAUACUCCUGGUGUCAAGAUUAGAUGCGUACGAGGAAAGUACGACUUGCCUCACGUUGUUAAGCAAACGCGAUAAUUAUGUGCAUUUUCACUGUUACUCUAGCUAUUCAUAGCCAUUUAAUAAAUUUCAU